GGCCGCCCUGCGUCGGCUAUAAAAGGUGGUCACACAAGCGCCGCGCCUCCGACUUUGAAACAUGGCACCACUCGCACGAUUGGUGGUGCUGGCUGUUGCGGCGACGUGUGCGCUCGCGCAGUACGCGGAGGAGCGCGCGCCGAGAUACAUCGCCUCCGAGACCAAGGCUGCCACCACGCCCGUGCCCAUCCUCAAGCAGAUCAACAGACACAACGAGGAUGGUUCGUACACAUACGGAUACGAGGCAGCAGACGGCUCGUUCAAGAUCGAGACCAAGUCCCCCGCCGGAGAAGUCAAGGGCAAAUACGGGUACAAGGACAAUACUGGAAAGCUCCGUGUGAUCGAGUACGGAGCGAACAAGUAUGGUUUCCAACCGGCCGGAGAGGGCAUCACCGUCGCCCCCACCCUCGUUGACGAGUCUACCAGGGAGCCUAAGACUCAGGGAGGUCGCGGGCAGUACAACUCCCCCGACUACGACUACGAGGAGCCUGCGCCCGCGCCGCCCCCGCGCCCGCGCCCCGCGCCGCAGCCCCGGCCGCAGCCCCAGCCACAGUACAGGCCCGCGCCACAGCAACAGCAGCAGUACAGGCCUGCACCCCCACCCCCACCACAGCCCCAACAGCAGUACAGACCGCCUCCGCAACCCCAGCAACAGUAUAGACCUCAGCCCCAGCCGCAGCCGAGACCGCCGCCACCUCAGCACUCUGCUCCUGCUCCUCCCAAGCCUCAGUUCUUCGCCGGCGCCGCUCCCUCACCGAUAGACGACAACUUCUUCAACCCCGAACCCGCACCACGACAGUACAAGCCCAAGCAGGACUUCAGGCCUGCCCCACAGAUCCAGGAGUUCGGCUCCGAUGACUUCGCCCCCGCCCCUCAACGCUACCAGCCUAACCAGGUGCCCCAGCAGAGGAACACGCAGACCUACUCCAUGUUAGACCAGCUCCUCAAGGAGUACUCUCUGCCCCAAGGCGGUGCCGCGCCACUCCACGACAUCAGCUUCGGAUCCUACUAGUUUAAUAAAUUCUCAUUUGUAAAUAUUUAGAAUAUUUUAAUUAAAAUGAUAUCCAUUUGUUUAGGUAUGGCUGUGUAUUUAUUCCUUUGGAUAAAUAGGGAAUGCUCGACUAAGCGUCAUUUGAAAUUAAAUUUGAACCUUAUUAAAUGUGAAUAGUGUUGGUAAUACCUUUAGAUCUGUAGACAGAGGCGCAUAGUCGUGUAGUGAUUUCUUGUUUCUACUGAUAUUAAAACAAUGCUCAAUUAAUAAAGGGUCGUAAAUGUGCCAAUAAAAAAUUAUUGAUGCAUUUGUUUUGAAAUUUACAGGUAAGUGCAAUAUUAAAUUGAUUAAAAUCAUA